AGCCAUAUUAUGUAGUUCCAGUGACCACAUUUGAAGAGUUAUAUUUGCCUUUUUUAAAAUCACAUUUACCACUUGCAUAGCAAAACAACCACUUGAUCUCAUUUCAUUUUUUAAUAACAAUCUACAUCAACUUUUAUUUAAGACAGUACAGUGUCAAAGAUCACAAUUUCAAUGCACACAAGUCAUUUAUUACAGUUUAAGUACCAGUAGAUAAGUUUUCCCAUGGGUUCAUUGAGGCAGAGACACGAGUCAUGCAGGGUCCAUAAAUCUAUUUCAUCUUCGUCUAAAUGUAUUUUCAAAACUGACAAUGUAUAGCCUUCUCAAAGGUAAAUGCCAGAUGUUGGUAACCAGCUUGUUUUCUGUCAUUGGCAUGGAACUUGGAUGUUAGUUUAAAAAUCUGACAGACUAAGACAAAAGUCUUUGAAAUUGAUAAACAAUACACUUUCUAAACAAAAGACUCGUUUUUCCACACUUCAUAACCAUGUUACUUUACUGUAACCAAGAAGGGGAUAUUGUGACUCAACUGAAGAAAGUCGGGCUGCCUGAAAAUAAACCAGUGUUACCCUUUGUGUUCUCUGAAAGCUAGCCACAAUCAACACAUGAUUCAUCUUCGGUGAAGUCCUGUGCAAACACUGGCUUUCUUGGUGAUAGAAGUACUUGGGAUGAGUCAUGAGGCCAAGUACAGUAAUAGACCUUUCCAAUCUUUCCUGCAGAGGGCGGUGUUGACUCAACCAUGCGUCCUCAUGUGGAGAGAUACAGCUUAUUUCUUUUCUAAAACCUAUUGUUCACGUGUGUUGAUGUAUUUUGUAUGUAAAAGGUACAUAAGCAUAUAAGAACACGAGACGGUGAAGAGCUGAUUCCAUUCGUGCGUUGACUAACAGUUGAUGCCACCCAUGAAAGCAGCCUGUUGCAGCAUAUUUUCCCCUUUGGUCUUUGAAGGUGGUGAAAAUUAUUAUAGCGUGGGUUUGAGGGCGCGGCUUUAAGCACUAUGCACUCAACAAGUUCAAAAGAAUUAUGUAGCUCUCUUGGUGUUUUGGAGACGUGGCGAUUAUUGCGUCUGUGCGUAAACUGCAGCAGUUUUUGGUUAGGGCCGUUUGGAUAGUCUGAAAUGUAUACCAUAUUUUUCAUUUCCCCGUGCGUAAAAGAGAAAAUAAUACAUAUUGCUUUUGCCUGCCAUGUUAGGUGACCUAGAAUGCUAAGACGAAAUCCAGGGAAGUGGCAACUGUAACAGUAGCAAAUAAAUAUUUUGCGUUUUUAUUACAACCCUUAACACUCGCCACAUUUUUGAUGUGACCAAUCCUGUCCUUUCCCCGCCUCCCCCGACUACUGCGGAUGAAGUAAUUGGUUAUGUAGGAUGCUGUUUGGCAAGAUGGCCGCGGUCCUUGGCCCAAUGAGCUCCUAACCCCUUUUGCUGUAGGUUGAGAUUUGUCAGAUCAAUGGAAAUUCAGCGGGCUGGCGAACCACUUUCCCAUCUCGAGAGCUCCCUCCCGUCUACCCGUGUGAACCUCGGCGAACCUCAAGUGGACCGAGUGAGAGCCGGCUCAGUCUAGGCUGUGUGUGUGUGUGCGAUGCUGAGGAGGCGGGGGGGAGAGUGAGGCUAUGGGCUGCACCUCGGCUAAGCAGGUGUCUGCUGUGCCCAGCGAUGAGGAGGGGAGGGCCAAGGCCUACAGCAACGGAGACCUCUACACAGAUGAGUACAGGAUGAAGGCUGUGGAGGAGGUGAAGUACAUGCGUGGAGAGGAGGACCGGGUCAGCGCUCGCAACCAGGAGAAUCUGGAGAAGAGUAAUACGCAGUACAGGGGAAAACAGCACAAGGAGGGCCCAGGAGCAACCAACAACAGGGCAAAUAUCCACACGUCAGAGAGCCAGCAGGAGUUCUUCAGGAUGCUGGACGAGAAGAUCGAAAAGGGACGUGACUACUGUUCGGAAGAGGAGGAUGUAACAUAGCAACGAGGCCCCUGACUCAGCUACUGAGAGUGGACGUUUGUGUGUGUGUGUGUGUGUGUGUGUAUAUGAGAGUGAGUCUGUGAGAGAGUGAAUUUGUGUGUGUGCGGCCGUGUGUGUGUGAGUGAGUGUGAGAGAGAGAGUUUUUGCUUAUGUGUGUGACCGAGGUAGAGAAUGAGAGCCAAAUGAGAAGAAAUGAAAACAGUGUUUGACACGAGUGCAUACAUGUGUGUGUGUGUGUGUGUGUGUGUGUGUGUGUCUGAGAGAUUGGGAUUUAAGCAUUUGGAUGAUAUUUGACGGUAUGUAUGUGUGUGCGCCUAUGUUUGACUGUGUUUGUGUUCAACGGAGAUAUAUUAUCCUCACAGACUGUUGCCCCCUUGUACUCAAUGGCCACCCCAAACCCACCCCCACUCCACCCGCCUCUGCAAACCCCCCCCCUCGCCUCGCCUUUUCUCGAACUCAAGCUGCCCUCUUAGUGAAGUGACGAAUAGUAACGAGAUGAAAAAGAAAUACAAAGCGCUGGCUGAGGGGGACAGAGUGACUGAAGGCUGGAUGAAUGGACAGACAGACAGACGGAUGGAUGAGUCGGUGAACGAGUGCAACAGACUCGAAGUGGAGGAGAAGUGUGUAUGUGAGAGAGACAUCUCCUCUCUCUCUCUCUCCAAUGUCUAUCAUCAAAUCAUCCUCACCCUCUCCCUACCCACAACCCCCCACCCCCCCUUUAGACUCUACAUGUGAAGAGGGUGAGAGACACACGAUUCCCCACCCCCACCCCCACCUCCUCAUCCUCAAUCUUGCCCUCCAGCAAAACCUCCAGGGCCGCUGUCAGCUUUGGCUGGGCCCAGGACAAAGCCAUCAGAAAGGCCCCCUCCCCACCCAAUACAUUCAAUGUAAUGAAGACCGAAUUCUGGGCCUGGGACAACUGACCCCUUUGUGUCACCCCAUCAGCUCCCCUGCCCACCUCUACCAAGACCUUUGAUGAGUAAACCCUAGGCCCUUUCCCACCUGCCAGCCCCUGUCACCCCCCACGCCCCCUUUUGGACGCUACACCAGCAGAAAGGGACCACUCUAUCAGGAAAGUGAGGGAAAACGCAGAACAAACUGAAAAGGGAAAAGCCACCCAAUUCCCUUCUGCCUGGAGGCUUGACAUCACGUCAUCGAGCCAUAACGAGGUGACAGGACGGAGGAGGAAAGGUGACAUGCUUGCACAUGGUGCUUGGUUCCUGCAUCCUUCUUACCUCAGUUCCUUCUCUCUUUCCUCCAUGGAGGAGACGGGAAUGGAGGAUGUGAGGAUGAAGGAAUCAUGUGUUGAUGUGCACCCCAUCAUCCAUGGACUGUGACCUUGAGCGAGGAUGGAUGGAUUAACGGAGGAAUAGAUUGGUAAAAGGAGU